ACAAGCAGCCCCAAUGCUGCUGCCAGAAAUGGACCCCAGAGAGAAAGCGACCUUGAAGAACUGCCUGAACUGCUUCCUAGAAGACCUUGACCCCACCUUGACCUUCCUGUCACAACUGGUCUGUUCAGGGAUAAUUACUGAGGACCAGAAAGACAGGGUGGAUAAGCAGACGACCCGACAAGAUAAAGUGAUCACCCUGUUGGAGAUUUUACCUCGAAGAGGACCCCGUGCCUUUAAGAAGUUUGUAGGUCUACUGAGAAUAGAUUACUCUUGGAUCAGUGAGAAACUAGAACAGGAAUAUCAAGUACAGGAUUUUACCAAAAGGAUAGAGAAUGCACUUGAGCAAAGAACCAAGAGAAUGGGAGAACUCAUUAAGGACCGGGACUACAUUAACCGAGUGAUUACAGAAACAGUGGUGCCUCUUAUGAUGGAGGAAUGUGGUUCCAGUAGUUCUGGUGGUGCUGUGGGCCCAGGCUUUGAUGCACCACUUAAAGACAUCAUAACUGACCACUUAAUACCACUUCUGAAUGGUAACAAUGGUCAGAAAACACAUUUAGAUUCCAUGCACAGUGGUAUGCUGCUUGACAAAGUAGUGGAUAUCAUUCAGGAGUUGAAGGAGAGGUGUUGUAAAAUGCUGAGUUUGAGCGAUGUGACCGAGUUCCACUCCUCUUUGCCGAUUUUAAUUGACAUGAGACUUCAAGAAUUAAGGGACAACAUUACUUCAAUGAAAAAAGAAAACAAAAAGAUGAAGAAAAUUGAAGAAAAAUUGACUGCAGAAAAUCAGAAACUUAAAAAUGACUUAACAAUUCAAAGAGCUGAAGUUAAGAAGGGAAAGACUGAUGUUGUGAAACAAAAUGCUGAGAUAAAGAAAUUAAAAGACCAAGUGCAAAAAUCCAAGUCUGAGAGUGAUAAGUUAAAACAGGAACUGGCCAACCUGAGGGAGCAGAUGAGUAAAGCAGGCAUGGAUCUACAAAUAUCAUCAGACUUCACCUAACUAUCAUUUGUCAUUUACUUU